GGGACCAUCCUGAAUUCAUGUGUCAGUUUCUCUUUUGGCUCUGCACUUUCUUCUACCUCUCCCCUCUCCCCUCCCCUAUAAGCUCUCCUCUCCUCUCCCCUCCCCCAGAUCCCUCUCCGUCUCUCUCUUUGGAUUGGAUAGAAGAGAGAUUGGGUCGUGACACUCCACCUCCAUCGAUCCCUCGAGACCAUGGAUCCCAACUGGCGGCCCACCCAAGGGUCUGGCCCCGCCGCUGCCGCCGCUGACCCGCCCCCCGCCGGAGGCGACUGGCGCGCCCAGCUCCAGCCCGAGGCGCGCGGCAGGAUCGUCGAUAAGAUAAUGGAGACUCUGAAGAAUCGUCUGCCAGUAUCUGUGUCUGUGGCGCCAGAGGCACUGAACGAACUUCAAAAAAUCGCUGCGUGGUUCGAACAAAAGGUCUAUACCGAAGCAACCAGUCAGUAUGAUUAUUUACGGAAGAUUUCUCUGAAGUUGCUCUCCAUGGAGACGCAGAGACAGCAGGCUGCUGGAAAUGCUCAGCUGAUUCCAAAUCAAAACAACCCUGCCCCUGGACUCCAUCCACAAGGCAGUAAUGAAGCACAAACAUCAGCAGUUCCCUUGAUGUCUCAGCAACAAGGCCGGCAGCCAAAUGCUUCUACAUCUGUACAAGCUUCUUCACUCACUAAUAUCAGACAGAACUUGCACUAGUGCAGAACCGGGCAAUAGCACCGGUUCGUAAGGCCCUUUAGUGCCGGUUUAGGAACCGGCACUAAUGUUUCAGCACUAAAGGCCCCCCCCCUUUAGUACCGGUUCAGCACGAACC